UUCUCAUUCCGUUGCAGUCACCCCCGCCUGAGAGAUGGUGGCGGACAAAUGAUGAAAUAUUUGCCGGUACGAGAACUUUAGGAAGGACACGUUGUGAUGAGACGCCAAAUUGAGUAUAUAUUAUAAUAGGUUUAACUUGUAUCCAACUCAGCUAAAUUUAAGGUUGUAUUUUUAUUUUCUCUGUACGCUAGGUGGGAGACUAACUGUUGUUAAGUUCGUGAUGUUUCAAGCUCCGACCAGAGUCUGUUCCGCUGUCCGGCACCUGGCGACGCCGGGCGGCGCCUCUUCGCUGCUGUCCUCCCUGAAAAGGACCGAUAUCCCGAAGCGCUCUGCUGCUCCGCCCGCUCUUUACUGCCACACCGUUUGCGCCGACAGCGUCGCCAUGAAGUGUGCCGGAGGGACUUCCACCACACCCGCGUCACCGGCGGGGUCUCCAGGCGCCAGGACCGUGUGCUCCAUGGGCAGCAGACUGUACAGCGCACUGGCCCAGACAUUGAGCAGAAACGCGCUGCCUGAGUCCGAGUACCUGGAGCAGAUGGACCACGAGGAGCCCGGUGACCAAGAGGCUCUCCUGAGGGAGUGUGAGAAGGCUCUGCGGCGACGGCCAGCCCGGCUUCACCGCUCCUUUGUGUUCCCCAAAGGCCGUGUGCCUGACAAGCAUCAGCAGCCCAUCCGGGUCAUGCAGUGGAACAUCCUAGCUCAAGCACUGGGUGAGGGCAAGGACAACUUUGUACAGUGCCCUGCUGACGCUCUCAACUGGAACGAGCGCAAGUACCUCAUCCUGGAGGAGAUCCUCACCUACGAGCCCGAUAUUCUGUGUUUGCAGGAGGUUGACCACUACUACGACACCUUUGGGCCAGUGCUGGCCAACCUGGGCUACUGCUGUACCUUUCAGCCCAAGCCUCGCUCUCCCUGCCUGGGGGUGAAAGAGAACAAUGGGCCCGAUGGCUGCGCCCUCUUCGUUCGCCACAGCCGCUUCCUGCUGGAGGAGAGUACAUGCCUCCACCUGGCGUCCGCCACUCCGCUCUCCAACCAAGUGGCCAUUGUGCAGAUGCUGCGCUGCCACGAUACAGGCCGACGACUCUGCAUAGCAGUUACCCACCUGAAGGCGUGCAGUGGCUGGGAACACCUCCGCUGCGCCCAGGGCUCCGACCUCCUCCGUGCCCUAGAAGAGGCCACUGAGGGCACACGCAUUCCACUGCUGGUCUGCGGAGACUUCAACGCCGAGCCCAGCGAGGACGUGUACCGGCGCUUUGCCACGUCUCACCUCGGAUUGGACAGCGCCUGCAAGCUGCUGAGUCCGGACAGUCAGUCGGAGCCACCCUACACCACGUGGAAGAUCAGGCUUAGCGGCGAGAGCUGCAACACACUGGACUACAUCUGGUAUUCCUGCCAUGGCCUUAGUGUGGAUGCUGUGCUGGAUUUCCCCACUGAGGAACAGAUUGGCCCCAACCGCCUGCCUUCCUACAACUACCCGUCAGACCACCUCUCCCUGGUGUGUGAUGUCCGUUUCUGUGGGGAACCUGACAGGCUUCAGUAGGCCUCACCCUUAGUGCCUCCAGGCGUUCAACCCCCCCCCCCCCCCCCCCCAAUGCCAAUACAGACUUCUUGGAUGGUUCUAAUUUCCAAUGGAGAAAAACAUGUAUGGAAAUUGGUUCUAAGUCAACCCACUGGGCUGAUGGGAUGUCUGAGUGGGAGGGUAGAAUAUGGACUAAACAUGCAUUCCUUGUGUUAAAUUUUAUUUAUUGGUUUCAAUCAUUUCACCUUUUCUAUGCCAACAAUUUCAUAGAAAUGUUUAAAUUAUUCCAAACAUAGUACAGACAAAUGUGAUCUAAUGGCUCUGCCCCUAUGAGGGAAGGUCUCAAAUGUGCAAUACAUUUUUCCCCACUUCUGUCUGUAUGUAGUCAGUAAAUACUAUUUGACUUUUUAGAUAACUAAUGACAAUGUAAGAUAUCAGGAAGUCAGUACGGUGUACGACUUUGGUAUAGGUAAGGAUUAAAUACAUUGUCAUAUAUUGAAUUUUCUGCAACUGCAGUGAGUAAUUAUGCAUGGUGAGCUGUCCUAGGUGGUAGAGUAGUGCCCCCCCUGGCUACUACCAACCACUGAUCCCAGUGAAACUGCAUGGGGGUAUAGAGGCUUGACCAAUGUGUAAAAGUCUGAUGCCCUGUGGAUAGAGAAAGGGGACAAACAUUUUAAUAAAACGGUACAGAACUCCAGAUGCUGAAGACAAAAUCCUUUAAUUUCUCAGUAAAAUCUACUUGAAUACACUUUGAAACAAGAGUACAACAAAAUAGAAUAUACUUCAAAUGUUGAAUAUACAAACUAGUUCAGUCUGAACACGACCAUCUCUCUUCCUCGACUAAAAAAA